GUUACCCAUCGUUCUUGCCACUACCGAUAAUAUUUAAGAUGGCGUCCAACGGCAGCUUAACUGAUUUAUUAUGAAAGUUGAAAUUCAUCAUAUUUUCAGGAAUCUGGUAGUAUCUUUCAUUGUGAGGAUUAACUAUUAUUAAGCGGAUGAAAAAUGGAUAGGUAUGUUAAGAAAAAAAAAAUCGGCGAGGGUUCGUUUGGCAAGGCGCUCUUAGUGCAAUCAAAGACUGAUGGAAAAGAGUAUGUGAUUAAGGAAAUAAGUAUAUCAAAGAUGAAGAGAAAGGAAAGGGAAGAAUCUAAAAAAGAAGUUGCAGUCUUGAAACAAAUGAAGCACCCAAACAUAGUCUCUUAUCAAGAAUCUUUUGAAGAAGUGGGAAAUCUUUAUAUUGUGAUGGAUUACUGUGAUGGUGGUGAUCUAUAUAAAGCAAUCAAUUCUCAGCGAGGAAUCUUGUUUACUGAGGACAAAGUGCUGGACUGGUUUGUGCAGAUCUGCCUCGCCCUCAAGCAUGUACACGAUCGCAAGAUCUUGCACCGAGACCUCAAAUCACAGAAUAUAUUUUUGACAAGAAAGGGAAUUAUAAAGCUAGGUGAUUUUGGAAUUGCACGUGUUUUAAACAGUACUAUGGAGCUAGCCAGAACCUGUAUAGGAACACCGUACUACCUGUCACCUGAGAUCUGUGAGAACCGGCCAUACAAUAACAAGAGUGAUGUUUGGGCUCUCGGCUGUGUCCUAUAUGAACUUUGUACCCUGAAACAUGCAUUUGAGGCUGGCAAUAUGAAAAACCUUGUACUGAAGAUUAUACGUGGAUCCUAUCCACCGGUGUCCCCACGAUAUUCAUACGAACUCAGGAACUUGAUCGCCUUGCUAUUUAAACGUAAUCCCAGAGAUCGGCCAUCGAUCAACACGAUAUUAAAAAAACCGUUAAUUCAAAAAAGAAUUCAGAGUUUUCUCACUGAAACACAAGUGUCUGUUGAGUUUAGCCAUACAAUCCUCCACAGGAAGCGGCCUGGUGCUCCAUCUGUUGGUGGCGGUAGACCGGUCAUGGCUCCUCCUGUACGUAAGCCCGUUCAACCUGUAAGGAUCAGUAACCCCUCUGCUAAGUAUGGUGUCUCAGUAGCAGCUAAGAAGCCACCAUCAGCUGGAGCAAAGCGGGUUCCAGGUAAUAAAAUAAUGAACAAUAAGGAUUUUGAGAAAAAGAAGCAAGAAUUAAUAGCUAAAGAAAGGGAGAGAAGAAACCAAAACAUACAGGUACGAGUACGUCAACAGAAGCUUGCAGAUAAACAACGGAUGGACAGAAUGAAUCGUGCUAGGGAAGUAGGCUGGAAGUCCACCCUCAGCUCAGGUGAAGGGUCAAGUGAACAAGAGAAGCUGCCAUCAGGUGAACCACCAAGAAAAGAACCCAAAAUGGACGACAAUGGAGGGGAGAGACCCUUCAUUGAACCGAAGCCAGCCAAGCAAGAAAGGGGUAAAUACGAUCAUUACCAUGACUACUUGGACAACUUAAAGCAGGGGGCAAAAGUUGAGCCAGCAUUUGGUGGAAUAGCCUACAAACGGCAGGCUGAGGACAACGCAUGGCCUAACAAUCAGCAAAUUAGUGAGCAGAUACGCAACCGUCCAGUGUCAGCUAGUGCAGCGGAGGCUGCGAGAAGGGCUGCUGAAAACAGAGCAUUUGCUGCUAAUGCUGCCAAUAGAGGAAAGGAAGCUCAGGAAUUCUGGGAAAGGAAACGCCAAGCAGCUAUGAACAAGGCACGAGGCAAUGCUCAGAUGAUGGGAUGGGCGGAACCGGCUGCUGUGCCUAAACAGAAAGAGAACCAACCAGCGAACCAACUAAAUGCAUUCCGUAACAAGGACGAACAGGAUUAUUUAGAAAGGUUAAAGGCCAUACGAGUUCAGAAUUACAAUGAGCGUCGGCAAGUACAGAAGCAAGCAUUUGGUGGGGACGCUGUGAAGGCAAGUAUUGCCGACCCAAGGGUUGAUGCUGAUGCGAGAAGGAAAAAGAUUGAAGCCCUCAAAGCUCAAGCAGAUGAGAGAGCAGCAAAACUUAAAGAAGAACUUGCCAGGAAAAGACAAGAGGCUUUUCAGAAAGAAAAGCAACAUCGAGAUGAACAUGUACGCAAGAUGGCAGAAGGUGGGCCAGCCGUCAGAGCCGUUCCAGCUCAAGCUCAACCCGUCAAAGGGCCGGUAGCCCAAGUUUUAGGAAUUACAGAUGCCCUCAAACAGAUUCACAGUGAUAAGGGCGUUGAAGUACAAGAACAAGAAAGACCAAGUGCAAUCGAAAAAAAAAAAGAUAAUCAAAAGGUGCCUGAGAAAAGGAAGCAAUGGGGUGCAGGAGACCGCAAAGCACUUCCCUUGAACAACAUGCCGCUGGAGAUUACUGCUUCUGGAAUGGAAGCUACUGGCGUAGCUGAUGCAGUAGUCAAGCAUGACCAACAUACUGAACACAGCAGUGUAGCAGCUGGGCGUAAACAUUGGGCUGGCCAUGGUGAAACCGUCCUCAACGCCCUGCAGGCCCGACAACUAGCACUUGAAACGACCACCUUCGCUUCACUGCAGCCUGGAAGUCAAAUGGGUGUAACGGUUAUCAAAGGCACAGCAAAGACCCCUGUUCCCAAGUCCCCCAUCCAGCCUGGCACGAUCACUAUAUCUAAGGAAGUGAAGAAAACAACGGAUAACACAUCCGAAGGUAUCGAACCGGCUGCUGUGCCUAAACAGAAAGAGAACCAACCAGCAAACCAACUAAAUGCAUUCCGUAACAAGGACGAACAGGAUUAUUUAGAAAGGUUAAAGGCCAUACGAGUUCAGAAUUACAACGAGCGUCGGCAAGUACAGAAGCAAGCAUUUGGUGGGGAAGCUGUGAAGGCAAGUAUUGGUGACCCAAGGGUUGAUGCUGAUGCAAGAAGGAAAAAGAUUGAAGCCCUCAAAGCUCAAGCAGAUGAGAGAGCAGCAAAACUUAAAGAAGAACUUGCCAGGAAAAGACAAGAGGCUUUUCAGAAAGAAAAGCAACAUCGAGAUGGACAUGUACGCAAGAUGGCAGAAGGUGGGCCAGCUGUCAGAGCCGUUCCAGCUCAAGCUCAACCCGUCAAAGUGCCGGUAGCCCAAGUUUUAGGAAUUACAGAUGCCCUCAAACAGAUUCACAGUGAUAAGGGCGUUGAAGUACAAGAACAAGAAAGACCAAGUGCAAUCGAAAAAGAAAAAGAGAAUCAAAAGGUGCCUGAGAAAAGGAAGCAAUGGGGUGCAGGAGACCGCAAAGCACUUCCCUUGAAUAACAUGCCGCUAGAGAUUACUGCUUCUGGAAUGGAAGCUACUGGCGUAGCUGAUGCAGUAGUCAAGCAUGACCAACAUACUGAACACAGCAGUGUAGCAGCUGGGCGUAAACAUUGGGCUGGCCAUGGUGAAACCGUCCUCAACGCCCUGCAGGCCCGACAACUAGCACUUGAAACGACCACCUUCGCUUCACUGCAGCCUGGAAGUCAAAUGGGUGUAACGGUUAUCAAAGGCGCAGCAAAGACCCCUGUUCCCAAGUCCCCCAUCCAGCCUGGCACGAUCACUAUAUCUAAAGAAGUGAAGAAAACAACGGAUAACACAUCCGAAGAAUCUAUUGAAACAAUUAUUGUGACAGAGAGUAAAGGAGAAAAAGAACCUGGGAAAAGCAAAGCGGCCUGGAGUGACGGUAUUAAAGAAGAUAAAUCUGACCAACAAACUGAAGCUGAUGAUGCUCCUGGGUCAUUUGAAUAUUGUAAUAUUCGCAGGUGA